CCUACUUUUUAGUCCCACUUAACACUUACAACCCCAACCGAAAAAAAAACUAGCCAAUUAUAUUCUUCUAUGUACUACAUUAGAAAAUCACUCUUUCUUUAAAGAACUCUCUCACACAAUCUUGAAACUAACCAUAUUAGGCCAACUUAUCUCAAACUUACAAACACUGUCUCAACUGAUCCAACUCUCUCAAAACCUCACCACCGCUAGGUACAACCACCAUGACGGCAAAGGACUGCGGCCACCACAAUGAGGAGGAGGAGGGGCACAAGCUGCCCCGCCGCCUCUUUGCGGCCGUAAUCGGCUUCAUAAUCUUAAUCCUAUUCAUCAUCUUCCUCAUCUGGCUCAUCCUCCGACCAACAAAACCACACUUCAUCUUACAAGACGCCACCGUCUACGCUUUCAACGUCUCUACCCCUAGCUUUCUCACCACUAACAUCCAAAUCACCGUUGCCUCUCGGAAUCCGAACGCCAAAAUCGGAAUUUACUACGACAAACUCGACGUCUACGCCACGUACCGCGGCCAACAAAUUACACUUCCAACGUUAUUGCCACCAACGUACCAAGGUCACAAAGAUGUGUCGAUAUGGUCACCUUUUGUGUACGGUAAUUCUGUCCCUGUUGCACCCUACUUAGGAAAUGCACUUAGUCAAGAUCAAAUGGUUGGAAUGGUUUUGUUGAAUAUUAAAAUUGAUGGGAGAGUUAGAUGGAAAGUUGGGAGUUUUAUUUCGGGAAGGUAUCAUUUGUAUGUAAAUUGUCCAGCUUAUGUUGGUGUAGGUGGAAAAAUGAUUGGUAAUAGUUUUGCUGUUGGAUCAUCAGCUAUUAAGUAUCAAUUGGUGCAAAAUUGUCAUGUUGAUGUUUGAACAACAACAACAAGAUUUGCUCCAUUGUCAGUGCUCUCACUCAGCUCUACGAUCUUUUUUCUGCUUUUUUUUUAAAUGUCGGAUUUUAUUGUUAGGAGUAUAAUUUUAGAUCUUAAUUUUGAUGAUAAAUGGGCUAAUGCAAAGUUUUAGUGGGAGUUAUUUAAUUUUGUUGUUAAUUAGUAACUCGAGUAUUUCUUUCUCUUUUUUAUUUUAAUUUCUUUUUUCCUUUUUGUGUAGUCAUUAUUUGUAGAAUGUUUUAACUUUAUUAAUGAAAAGCAAAAGUUCAAGAA